AUGGCGUCUCCACCCUCUCCAACGCACUCGACGCACUCGUUCCUCUCGGAAGACCCCUACCCCUCGCACCCUCACCUAGCCCACUCCCUGACGCCCCCUCGCUCCUCCUCCCCGCCCCUCACGCCCGCAACCCUCCUGAACCGCCUCGAAUCGCUCCUCCGAGCCAAAGCAGAAGAAGUCCAACUUGCAGGCCAACUCGGCCAGGCGUUGUUGAGCCAACAACAGGAACUCGAGGCGAGGAUCAGGGAGAUUGCGGAGGUUUCCCGAAGGUUUGGAGUGGAAGGGGAGGGGGAAGAGAGUGAUGCGAGUGGGAGUUCUUCGGGAAUUGGAAGGAAGGAAGUGGGAGAGGAGACGAAGAAGAGCCUCAAGGCGCUCGAGGACGAACUCGAGGUUUGGGAGCGCUCGAAUGGCGAACUGUAUCAGGUCGUCGGGACUGCAGCGGCGAGGGGCGUACCUGCUCUCGAGGCGGUCCCGCUACCUUCGUCAGACGGCGGCAUCCGUCGUCCACGCAGCGCAUCACUCGCCAAACGCCCUUCCAUGGCCGACCUCUCGUCCUCCCACGCUGCACCCUCCGUCGAUCCUUCCUCCGACCGCCGAGCCCGAAACGCCCCCUCCUCGCACCGCACAGCCGACAUCGAGCUCGCGACCGAGAUUGGGCAGUCCCUCCUCGUCGAGGUGAGGAGGUUGCAGGCGUUGCUUGUUGAGAGGGACGAGAAGCUCAGGGUGCUGGAGGGCGAGAGGGAGGAGUGUGUGAGGGAGAGGGAGGCGGCGGAGAGUGCGAGGAGGAGCGUCGAGGAGAGUGUUGAGCGCUACAAGGAGAUCAAUUGGGAACUCGAGCUCGCGACGCAAGACCUCCGCACCUCGCUCACGACCGCCCAGUCCUCCCUCCAAAAGACCGAAUCCGCCCUAUCCCGCCAAACGAAAGACCUCGCGCACACGCGCGACGCACUCGACUCUCAGCGCCUCGAGACGGAGAGACUCGCGAAAGAGCUCGACCAGCUCAAACAGAAGCACGAGACGGACAUGGCCAAUAUGCGCAAGGCCCAGGCUGGGUUGCAGCGCGAUAAGAGCGACUUGCAGGGAACGCUCGAGGGAUUGAAGAAUGAGCUCAAGGGCCAGAAGAGGACGUUCCGCCGCGGUGGAGCGCUCGGUGGAUCGCCCGGACCUGGGACGCCUGGGUGGCGCGGACCGAACGGCGAAGGGUUCGACGACGACGAGUUCGGCGGACCGGGAGACGACGUCUUCCGCUCUACUGCGCGUCGCAGGACAGGCGAAGGGUUCCCCUCCUCCGUCUUCGGCGAGAACGACCCGGACGCAAUGUUCGGCGCGACGGGCGACUCGCCUUCCAACUCGCCUAUUCGCCCUCACGGCUACGCCUCGGAAGCCGACUCGCUCCGCGCUUCGCUCGCGCACGCGCAGAGGCAGAUCCAGACUCUUCGCACGAGCUUGCAGAGGGAGAAGCAGGGCAAGAUGGAGUUGAGGAGGAAGUUGGUUGGGCUUGGUGGGACGGUUGGAGGGAAGGAUGGGAAAGGCGAGAAGGUUUGGGGAGACGACCCGCUCGAUGGGAGCGAUUCGGACGAGGACGAUGAAGGUCUCGCGGGCGACUUGGUCGGCACCAAGCCGAAGAAGCAGAAGCUUGCGGCGGCAGGGUACGUCACGACCGACGAGGAGGACGACGACCUGCUGGCUGUCUCGAGGACGCCCACGAGGCAGAAGGGCAACUCGCUCGUCGCGCCUCGUUCAGCUCGCGGGUCUGCCCGAGGCUCAGCGCGCGGACGAGGCUCGGCUGCUCGUCGCGGUGGCCGUGUACCGUCUCGUCUCGCCCGCGCCGCCUUCUCCGACUCGGACGACGCCGUCGAGGCCAAGUCCGCGAUGGACGUCGACGACGAGGCCUCGCCCUUCCCUGCCGCCGCGCUCGGCGAUGUCGACGGCGCGAGCAUCUUCGAGCACCGCUUCCAAGACGAAGAGCCCUCGCCCGCCUCGACUCGCACCCGCGCCGACGACUCGUUCGAUAUCGACUCGCCAACUCGCGCACUCGACUCGAGCGUCCUCUCCCGCGCAUCGUUUACCGCUCAGCCUCGUAGGACCGACCGUGCCGUCUCGGUCGAGACGGAAGACUCGUUCUCGAUGUCGCGCGCUGGCGGACCUACGCUCGCCGACAUGCUCGGCGGUUCGACCACCUCGGCGCGCCCACCUCGUCCCGCCUCGAUUGGCUCGCUCGCUUCCAUUCUCGGGCGGACCAGGCAGGUCUCUGUCGGUCCUGUGCCGGAAGAGGAGGACGAGGUUGUGCAGAAGACGUUCGCCGACAAGGGCACCGCGACCGACCCGAUUCCGCCGCCCGAGCCUGUCGAGCGGAUCGUCGAGAAGGAGGUCGAGGUCGUCCGCACUGUGGAGGUGCCCGUCGACCGGAUCGUCGAGGUUCCCGUUGACCGCAUCGUCGAGGUUGAGAAGCGGGUUGAAGUGCCGGUCGACCGCAUCGUCGAGGUCGAGCGGAUCGUCGACCGCCCCGUCGAGGUCAUCAAGACGGUCGAGGUUCCCGUCGACCGGAUCGUCGAGAAGCUCGUCGAGGUCGAGAAGCGCGUCGAGGUCCCUGUCGAGGUCAUCAAGAUCAAGGAGGUCCCGAUCGAGGUCGAAAAGGUCGUCGAGCGCGAGGUCCGCAUCGAGGUCCCUGUCGACCGCAUCGUCGAGGUGGAGAAGCGCGUCGAGGUUCCGGUCGAGGUCAUCAAGACGGUCGAGGUCGAGAAGCGGAUCGAGGUCCCUGUCGACGUCGAGCGCCGAGUCGAGGUCCCCAUCGAAAAGGUCGUCGAGCGCAUCGUCGAGGUGCCCGUCGACGUCGUCCGCACGGUCGAGGUCGAGAAGAUCAAGGAGAUCCGUGUCGAAGUCCCGGUCGAACGGAUCGUCGAGCGUCUCGUCGAAGUCGAGAAGCGCGUCGAGAUGCCCAUCGAAGUCGAGAGGAUUGUCGAGCGCGUCGUCGAGGUCGAGGUGGAGAAGCGGAUCGAGGUGCCCGUCGAGGUCAUCAAGGAGGUCCGCGUCGAGGUUGAGAAGCGGGUCGAGGUUCCGGUCGAGGUGGAGAAGCGUGUUGAAGUGCCUGUCGAGGUGGAGAAGGUCGUCGACCGCAUCGUUGAGGUCCCGGUGGAUCGCAUCGUCGAGGUUCCCGUCGAGCGCAUCGUCGAGGUUCCCGUCGAGCGGACCGUCGAGGUCGAGCGCAUUGUCGAGCGCACUGUCGAGGUCCAGGCACCCAAACCCUCGACAAAGGACGCCAACGUCCAGGCGACACCUCCCCAGCCCGCGCCUGUCUCCCUCGCCAACGCCGCUUCCCGCAUGGAAGACCGCGCUCUCGCCAACCAGCCGGCUCUCUCGAAGCUCACGGCAUCCUACGGCACGAUUUCGCAGGGUGACCGCGACAAGACCCUCUCGUCCUUCUCGAUGCUCCGUGGCUUGCGAUCCGCCCCGAGCGAGUCGUCCGAUGACGACGCUCGCUCCGAGUCGACCGACCGAGGCGCGCCGAGCCGCCAGACCUACUACACCGACACGGAGACGGAGGUCGACUACGAAGAUGCUCGCGAGUCUCUCGGCGGCGCAGCUUCGUCUCUUGGCCGUCCCUCCUUCGACCGCCAGCCUCGCCGAUCCUUCUCCGGCACCACCAAUACGCGCUCGACCUCGAUGCAGGACUUUGUCUCUGUCGGCUCGGGCAGGACGGGCGCGUUCGCCGACGAGGACGACAGCGAAGCCGAGGUCCUUGCUGGCGAGGACGACGACGAGACGCAGGCGUUCCGCCGGACGAUCCGCGGCCGCCAAAGCGACCUCGUCUUGCCCGCCGAGCCCGAGGUCAAGACUGUCUACGUCGACAAGGUCGUUUACGUCGACAAGCCGGUCGAGAUCGAGAAGCUCGUCUACGUUGAUCGCGUUGUCGAGAAGCGCGUCGAGGUGCCGGUCGAGCGCAUUGUCGAGGUGGAAAAGGUCGUCGAGAAGGUCGUGUACGUUGACCGCUCUGUGCCCACUCCUGCUCCGACACGAGCAGCGGAACCCGAGGACGACCUGGACGAGGCGGCUGCACGAGCUUCCGCCUUCCUUGGCGAUGCCGACUCGCGCCCCGUCACGCCUUCUCCCUUCAACGAUCGCUCGUACGUCGAGCUCGGCUCGGCGGCCGUCGCCGAAGGCAAGGGCAAAGAGGCCAUGGGUCCUCCGCCGCUUCCAUCGGCUCGCAAGGCGCGCAGCACGAUCUCGCAGGCCUCGGCCAAGUCGACUCGCCAGGCGCCGCCUCCUCGUCCGACGUCUCCCCCUCCCGCCGACCUCCUCUUCCGCGCCCAGUCGCCCACGUUCGACGACGAGUACGCGCGCAGGUCCACCUUCCUCGCUCCGCCUGUUCCCGGCGCAGCGGGCCAGCACACCUUGCGGUCCCAGGCUUCCGGCUUGUCGACCGCAACUUCCACUCGCUCUGCUGCUCCUUUCGCCAACCUCAGCAAGGUCCGCCAACCCGCCUCGACCGACGUGGCUGCCACGCCCCGCAGCGUCCGCAUGUCUCGCCAGCAGCUGUCCGGCACGUCUGCUCGCUCACUCUCCGAGCUCAGCAUGCACAGCGACCUUGGCGCGCACCGACGCAUGUCGAUGGCGUCCGAGGCGACGAGCGACGGCGGCUACGACGCGCCCGGCGCUCCCUUGCCCGGCUCGACUCGCGCAGCUGGCGACUCGACAGACCCGGAAGUCAUCCACGCCAUCACGCAGACGAUGAUCGGCGAGCACUUGCACAAGUACACGCGCCGCAAGGUCGGCAAGGGCUACUCGGAGAACCGCCACCGCCGGUUCUUCUGGCUCCACCCUUACAGCCGCACGCUUUACUGGUCGGCGGUUGACCCGACGGCGCCGACUGCCUCGCAGGCCAAGUCGAAGAGCACCUACAUCGAGAGCGUCCGCCAAGUCCUCGACCCGAACCCCUUCCCGCCCGGCCUCCAUCAGCACAGCAUCAUCAUCCGAGGUCCCGACCGCGAGUACAAGCUGACGGCGGGCACGAAGGACCGGCACGACAUGUGGUUCACCGCUAUCAACUACCUCAUCAACCGUCCCGAAGGCUCCGGCGACGCCGCCAGCACGCGCAACUCGCGCCGCGCGCCGAGCACGCCGGCGCUCAACUCGACUUCCUCGCGGAACGGCUCAAAGUCGCUGGUCGGCAACGAGUCUGGCGACUUUUUCGGCAUUCCCGACAAGAUCUAUUCGUUCGGUGCCGCCAGCCUCUCCGAGUCGCGCUUGACGCCUAAGGCUCGCCAGUCGUCCAAAGUCUCGGUCGGUACCUUCGGCACGACCCCUCGACGACCCGAGACGGCUGCAGCGCAGUACCGCCGUCAGAGCGUCAUGCUCGGGAGCCCGCGCUCGAUGCGCUCGAUGAGCAACUAUGGCGACUUUGAUGCAGCGGACGGGAGCCUCGAGGUUGUUGACCGCAACGAGCUUCCGGACAUGGCGGAUGAGGAUGAGGACUUUGAGGGCCUCGAGAACGUCAGGGUCUGCUGCGGCGAACACGAUGUCGGCAGCCUAUCCCGCCGACACCGCAACUCGCACCACCGGCACGAGCACUCCUCCAGCGCCGACUCGCGCUCGAACACGCCCGGACCUCGCCCCCCCUCCCGCGCACGCUCCAAGUCGUCGUCGAACACGCUCGGCUCGCUCUCGCGCAAGAUGGCGAGCAUCUCGACUCCGCGCAAGUCGCUCAGCGGCAAGCCCGCCCUCCCUGCUCAACCGACCUCGGCUCGCCCGCUCUCUCCUCUUCCUCUUGGCGAGCGCAACGGCACUGUCGGCCGCCGCACGAUUGCAUAG